UUGGUUUUGUUUCUGUUGGUGUCGUGCUUUGAAUACGUUAUUUGUGUUGAUUGUGGUUGUUGAUAAAUGGAGUGUCUCUAUUCAAUGUACCUAGCUGCACUGUUUCUGGUUUUGUUUUGUUUGUGUGUACAUUCAACGUAUAAUACCCAAAAUUCAGGUCAGGUUUUUGUUACGGAUUUGUUAUGAGAAGUAAAUUGCUGUUUGACAGCUUAAAGCAUCUUGAAUAAUAGUAAAGCUAUAAAAUUCAGCUCCUCUACUAGCUUUUGGUGCUUGAGAUUCAAGUAGCACUAAACAUUUAUCUGAUUUUGAUUGGGGUUUUAAGUUUUUGGGCCAAAGGUUGUGGAGCAAUCAUUAUAAAGGAAAAGGGUUUCUUUCUUUCUGUUCACCAUUCAAAGCUGUUGUUUUUGUUCAGGCUUUCCAAACGAGAGAGGCUGCUACUCCUUCAAGAAUAGCUAGUUUGUGUGCUCAUUUUGCUUAGAGAAAGCUUUGCUCCAAAAAUUUGACACCAGUGUGUAAAUGUCUGUGGCUUUUACCAACCUCUCGUGGUGGUUUCCGAGCGGGAAACAACAAGAAUCAAGAAUCCCAAAUGGGUCUUCUGUAAAUCCUUCAACUGAUUUGAAUAUAUGGGAAUCGGAGUUUCUGAGAUUUCCUUUGGUUCGGGCGAACGUGGGUUCCUCGUCGAGAAGGGUGAAGCGGAAAUGGCAUAGUAGGGAAGAGAGGAAGGUUGAUAGGGAAUAUGAUGUUGUUUUGGUCCCAUCUGAUGGGGGAUGUGUUUCCGGCUCUGAGUCUGAUGAUUCUGACUGGUCUAUUGGCUGGUUGGAGCCUCAUGGACCUGGUUUCCCAAGUGAUGAUGAGACAGAUAACAGUUUUGCGGUGCUGGUUCCGUGUUAUGGACGAGAUUAUGAUAGGAUGAUGGAGGAGGAUCCGAAAAGCAACUUAAUGAAUGGUGUUAGGAACUUCCCAGACAGCUAUUCAGAUGCGAGCAAGAAAUUUGUGGAAAACUGGAUUUCUUCUCUACAAAAUACCUGAUGCUGAUUCACAACUAUUUGUCAUUUUGGUCCUGCAUCUCCCUAAGAAAAUCCCCUCCUGUGGUCUUUGGCCCACAAAAAAAAUUGUUUGAUGUAAAUAUUGUAAAAAGAACAAGCACUGUGAGGAUGUGAUGUUAGAAUAUGUUUGGUUAUGGUUAAUUCUAAUUUGAGGAGCAGAUAUGGUCAAGAACAAAGCAUGAUGAUGAUUUAGCAUUGUCUGAGAAUGAUGUAACAAUUUCUAUUCUGCUCUCGUCCUUGGAGAAUCACAACAAUUUGGCUGAAUGGGUGUUGAAGUGUGACAUUGGAACUUGCAAUUCGUUGAUGUAAAUAGAGUAUUUGUGUAGAAAUGGGAAUUAGUUGAAUGGUUGAUUUAUGUACUCAAAGUUUGUACAUAGCUGUAUAUAAAUUAAUAGGCUUAAUUGCACUUUUGGUCCCCCAA